AUGGGGGACUCGAUCCUUGACACUGGAAACAACAACUACAUCGUAACUAUGUCUAAGUUCAACUUCCCUCCCUACGGAAAGAAUUUCCCGGGAAAAAUACCCACCGGCAGGCCCUCAGACGGACGGCUCAUUUCGGACUUCGUAGUUGAAAUUUUGGGAAUUAAAUAUCUUUUACCGUCUUAUCUUGAUCCGAAUCUUGGAGUUGAAGAUCUCGUAACAGGAGUAUGCUUUGCUUCUGCUGGCUCUGGUUAUGAUCGAGAAACACCAAAAAUAUUAGUAACCACUUUUUACUUAUACUUCUUGCUAUUUGUUUCUGGGGCAUUGCCCGUUCCGUAUCAACUCAAGCUCUUCAAACAGUAUGUGAAAAAACUGAGAACUCUAGUGGGAGAGCAGAGAUCCGACGACAUCAUCAAAAACAGCCUUUAUGUGAUAUCAUUGGGCAACAACGACGUCGGACUUACCUAUUUCCUUAGGAAGAAGAAGUCCGAUAUGGCUUCAUACUCGUCUUUUCUCGUCAGUCAGGCUUCCGCAACUCUCAGACAGUUGUACGGGCUCGGAGUUCGCAAUAUCGUCCACCUAAGUACAAUAGUGACGGGUUGUGUCCCGGCAUCCCGGACGUUGUUCGGCGGGGUACGAAGGCAAUGCAACGAUGAGUCCAACGAGCUAGCAAUGAUGUACAACAAGAAACUCAGCAACGAAAUUGAACGCUUGAACAACGACGUUCGUCUUCCUAACUCGAGCAUCGUGUUUGUGGAUGUUUACUAUCCUCUGUUCAAUAUGAUUAGGUAUCCUGAAAAUUACGGGUUUGCUAUUACGAAGAAAGCGUGUUGCGGGACAGGCACGGUUGAGUUUGGAAUUCUUUGCAACCCAUUGGCUCCUACUUGUACCAAUAUUUCAAAGUACAUCUUUUGGGAUGGUGUUCAUCCCACAGAAAAGACUUAUAAGAUCAUAUUCUCGAAAAUUGGGAAGUCUGUCGAUAAGUUACUACGAAAGCAAUUGUAA